ACAGUUGGGUGGAACAGUUGCAUUGAGGUGGACUUCAAUUGGAGACCACAGUUGCCACGACAGAGACACAAGGAGUUACAAGCAAGUAAGAAAGAGAGAGGCAGAUUCUCUUAGCUUCAUCAAGUUCUCCGGCCUGUAUGGAUCUUUUGCAGUUUUAGCUGGGGCUGCUAGUUGAAUAGAGAAACGAGAUGGGUUACUGGAAAUCAAAGGUUCUCCCUAGGAUCAAGAAGGUUUUCGACAAGAAUGGUAACAAGAAGGCUGCUGCCGAGGCUUGCAAGUCCUUCGACGACUCCAAGGAGCAAAUCAAUAAGGAGUUUGAAGAGAAGAAGACUGAGCUUCAACCUAAAGUUCUUGAAAUAUACGAGGCAUCGUCAGCAGAAAUCAAGACUUUGGUUAAGGAGCCCAAGGAGGCAGGACUGAAGAAGAGCUCUGUUGCAGUUCAUAAGUUCCUAGAGGAUCUCGUGGUAAUUGAGUUUCCGGGAUCCAAACCAGUAUCUGAAGCAUCUUCAAAGUAUGGGCCAGCUUUGGUUCCAGGCCCAGUGUUGUUUGUUUUUGAAAAGGUCUCAACGUUUAUCGUUACAGAAGAGAAAGUUGAUCAGGCACCGGAAGCGGCAAAAACAACCGAGGAAGAAGCAAGUGGCAAAGAGAAGGAGAUAGUAGCUGUUGAAGAAGAGAAGAAAGAGGAAAAGGUACUGGAGAAGAUAGAAGUGGCGGCGGAGGCUGAGAAAGCGGAACCAGCUUAUACAACGGAGCCGCCGCAUGUCAAGGUGGAGGAAGCGGAACCACCAAAGCCUUGACAAACCCAAGUACCUCAACUUCCUCAAUCAAAGGAGCUUUGUGUAGAAAUUUAUAUAUAAAAGCAAAACAAUGAUUUGUUAUUCUUUGAUGAUCUCCAUCCUUUUCUUGUAAUAUCUCUUGGAUUUGUUUUCGUGGACUUUUUAAGCUUCCUGUUUAAUUAAUUGUAUAAUCUUUGUGAUUAAUAUGUUCUAUUUAUAAUUAUAUGGAGAAGGGAUGGGGAUACUCUCCUCCUCUAUCUCCUUCUUUCAGUAUUUAAUGAAAACUCAUGAAUGCUCCUCCGAUCGAUCCGAUGAGGAGUUAUCUUUGUUUGGAUUUA